ACCCUGCCAGUAUCGGUUUCAAUUUCGCGUCGACAGUUAGCCAUGGAGUCCGGAGAGGAUAAUCGAACGGCAACGAUUCUAGGUACAAUUGGAACCGUCUUCUGGUGUGUUCAGCUAGUUCCUCAGAUAUGGUACAACUGGAAACGCAAAAGAACAGAAGGUUUGCCUGUGAUGAUGGGGUUUUUGUGGGCAGGAUGUGCAGUUCCAAUGGGAGUUUAUCUCAUCCUACAGAAAGUCAAUCUGUCAUUGCAAAUCCAACCGCAAAUCUUUGGGUUUUUUUCGACAAUCAUCUGGGCGCAAAUAUUAUAUUAUGAUCAUAACUACAGUUUAAUCAAAGCAACAUCGGUCUGCUGUGGCAUGCUUGCUCUGUUAGGGGGACUCGAGGCACUAUUGAUUCUCACAUUAAGGAUCCCCUAUGAGAAAGGAAUAACUUGGCCCGAUCUAGUUGUUGGCAUUGUUGCGGCCAUUAUGCUUGGUGCUGGCUUAGUCCCCGUUUAUUUCGAGCUUUGGAAACGAGACGGAAGAGUCAUCGGGUUCAAUUGGGUCUUUCUAUGCAUAGACACUCUUGGAGGGCUAUUCUCGCUGUUUGCGCUCGCGGCAGAGGGGUCAUUUGAUAUCCUAGGUGGAAUGAUGUAUAUCGUCGUUGUUGUCCUUGAGAUGGGCAUUUACAUCAGCCACACAGUAUGGCGUUACCGAUUCAGAAAGCUUCGGAGGGAGGCAAAGGAGUCAGGAAAGAGCAUCGAUCAAUUGCUUAAGCGUUCCAAAACGGAUACUUUAUCCGAGUCAAUA